AGCAGGCGUCUAGUUUAACCUCGACCGCUGAGCGAAGUACACGCUUAUGUAAAAACCAGAAUAUCUUUUUCAAAAGGAUAAAACCAGUAGGAAAUUAAACACUAAAAGUUUCAAUAAGCAAAGAAAAAAAUUGAGUGUAAUAAUUAAUAAUAGACUGCAUGCAAAAUUUUUCAUUUACCUACGUGUGCGUCGAUCUGGAGAUAGAGAGAACGUCUAAUACAUUAAAGAAGGCUUAUAUUGUUUAAGAAAAUUAAAUGGCCCUAGAGACACCAACGUGGCUGAAUCUGUGCUUCAUGGAGAAGGCCCUGCGAAAGUCGGAAAACGACAAUUCGAUCCAAGUGAUCGAUAUAUUCACGAAACCGGCCACGAACAAGGGUGACAACUACACCAGUGACAUGAUCAGGGUUAAUGUCGAAUAUUCACGAGACCAAAACGGACAUAAAACCACAAAAAAAAAAUCUGUUAUCGUCAAAAUCACGCCUAUAGUAGAAGGCGUUCGUCAGGAUCUUAUUAUGAAAUCACGUAUUUUUAUCACGGAGAUAUUGAUGAUGACAGAUACCUUGAAUAAAAUGAACAACUUGUUAGAUCCCAAGUAUCGUUUGAGCGGAAAGGGCCUGUACGUGCAACACGACAAUCCAACUCUUUUAGUAAUCGAGGACCUCGCGCCUCUCGGCUAUCGCAUGGCAUGUCGUCAAACUGGUCUUGAUCUAAAUCAUUGUAUAUUAGCUAUACGUGGAUUAGCCAGAUUUCAUGCAACCUCUGUAGCCUUAUGCGAAAAGGAACCAAAGCAAAAGCAAAUGUAUUCGCGAGGAAUGUUUAACAGCGAAUACCCGCCAGAAAUGGGAGGAUUUUUCAUUUUGGGUACCUCACAGCUAGCAAAGGAAAUGGAAAACUGGCCAGGCAUGAAAAAAUAUGCGGAAAAAAUUGCUAAAUUAGCCGACAAAAUAUAUCAAAUAGGAAUAGAAGCAUGCAAGAUUUCCGAGGAUGAGUUCAACGUUAUCAAUCAUGGUGAUUGCUGGGUAAACAAUAUGUUGUUCAAUUAUAACGAUGAUGGCAAACCAAUUAAUCAUAUUUUUGUGGACUUUCAACUAUGCGUCUACACUUCACCGGCGAUUGAUCUCCUCUAUUUCUUCAGCACGAGUCCUUCUCUGGAUGUCAUUGAAAAUAAGAGAGAUAUUUUAUUUAAUGAGUACAUGGGUACUCUGUCGGCGACUAUGAAACAAUUAAAUUGCAAAACGCAGCCCCCUACUUUGGAAGAGCUUAAGGCUACUUUAAGGCAAAGAGCUGCCUACGGAAUGAUAUCGUCAUUCACGGUAUUACCGUUAGUAAUGGCUGAUAAGAGUGAAAUAAAAGAUUUAGAUGAGAUUCUGGAUAAAGAUGGGUAUACGAAUCCGGCUUAUAAGAAUGAGAUUUAUCAAAAAAUUAUGAUGAAAAGAAUACCUAUGUAUGACGAAUGGGGUUUAUUGGAUCUAUAAUGUAUUUAAUAUGUUAUGAUAAAGAAUAUGGGAAAGGAUUUUAUUACAAAUGAUAAACAUAGAAAAUUAUUUCAUUAUUUGUGAGAAUAUUAGAACAAGCUGCGGAUAAUGUAAAAUGUUAAUUCUAAAAUUCUAAAAUUAUCUCUCAUUUUUUUAAUUCAUUAUUUUAAUAAAGAAGGUCAUAAAUGUUAUACUAUCAAUUUGUUAGAGGUUUCAAAAUAUAUUUAAGCACACAUUUGUCUUUUUAUAUAAAUAUUAUUGAAUUAUUAAGGUUUUAAAAUGUUAACGAAAAAGCUAUAUAAAUAAGCAAUAUAAAUAAUUAUUCAACAAUUAUCAAUGCAAAAAUAAUAUAUAUAAAUUAAUAAUUUAAUUAAUAAUAAGAAAUAGAAAUAAGAAAAAAUUUUCAUUAAAUUAUAUCAUCGUACAUAAAAAAUUUGAAAACAGCAAAAGCCGUGAAAUAAUAUCAUAGUUAAAGUAAUAAAAUAGUUUUACAUACUAGUCACGAAUUAUUUCACAUCAAUAGUCGCAUUUUUAAACUUUAUUUGCAUUGAAAUUAAUAUAGCAAAAGAAUAAUAGCAGGCUAACGUAAAAAUAAAUGCAAAAAUAAAUUAUUGUAUAUAUUGAUUAAAUAUGACAACUAUAUUUUAAAUUUCGUUAUAAAUACCAAAAUAAAAAUAUUAUUAUUAAUUUAAUAAGAUUAUAUUUUAUUGCUACAAAGUAACAGUUAUAGAUAAAUAAAUAAAAAUAUCAUAUGUAUGUAUGCAAGUCAAAAGACAAUUAUCUUAAAACAAUCUCUCUAUAAUUGCAAACUUAUUUAUAAAAUAAAGAUAUACUAAGAUGUAA